AUGUUAGCAUCGUCGGAAAGCGAGACUCAGAAAUCGUCGAUACUGGUGGCCGUGCGUGUUCGGCCGUUCACAGCAGAAGAGCAGACACAUCUGAUCGAUUCGUCGGGGACCGAGGCAAAUACAUCGUACUGUUUUGGUGACUCGAACUUGAAGAUUCCAGGGGCGCAUGUGCCGACCUCGACGCCCACCCGGGGGCGGACGGGGCGGUACAUGCCGCAGGGUCUGCGCAAGAUCGUGGAUUGCGUGGACGACAAGAUGUUAAUCUUCGACCCGGCGGAGACUAAUCCGUUAAACAAGAUUAGCGAGACGGUAUUAAACACGAUGUUGGUCGGGUCGCGGGGCGAGGUGCGGCGGCGCAUGCGGCGCAACGGAGAGCAGAAGUUCAUGUUUGACAAGCUUUUUGACGUGGACGCGAGUCAACAGGACGUGUUCCAGUGCACGACGAUGCCGUUGCUCGACUCGAUCCUUGACGGGUUCAAUGGGACAGUGUUUGCGUACGGGGCGACGGGAUGCGGCAAGACGUUCACGAUCAGCGGGACGCCGGAUAGCCCCGGGAUCAUAUUUCUCACGAUGCAAGAGUUGUUUCAACGAAUCAACAAUUUGAAGGAUACCAAGACGUUUGAAUUGACCGUUUCUUAUUUGGAGAUCUACAACGAGACCAUAAGGGACCUACUAGAGCCAGAUACCCCGUCGCAAAAGCUCAUUAUCAGAGAGGACAGCGAUAGCACGACGACCGUCGCCAACUUGUCAUAUCAUACCCCUGAGACCGUCGAAGAUGUCAUGGAUUUGGUUAUCCGUGGAAAUGUAAACCGGACUACCUCGCCGACAGAUGCCAAUGAGACAUCUUCGCGUUCACAUGCUGUUUUGCAGGUGCAUGUGGUGCAGAGUAGCCGUACAGUAGAUCUCAAAGAAGACAAGAUGUACGCGACCCUCUCGAUAAUUGAUCUUGCGGGGAGCGAGCGCGCCUCUGCAACGAAGAAUCGAGGUGAGAGGCUCCACGAGGGUUCCAACAUCAACAAGUCACUUCUCGCGCUAGGGAACUGCAUCAAUGCAUUAUGCAUGACUGGCAGGCGUGCUGUCUGUCACGUUCCAUACCGUGACUCCAAGCUAACAAGAUUGCUCAAGUUCUCUCUCGGCGGAAAUUGUAAGACCGUGAUGAUUGUUUGCGUGUCUCCUAGUAGUGCUCACUAUGAUGAGACGUUGAACACGCUAAAAUAUGCAAAUAGAGCAAAGGAUAUCAAGACAAAAGUCAUCAGGAACCAACAUUCUCUGGACCGCCACGUGGGCUCGUACCUAAAGAUGAUUACUGCGCAGAAGCAAGAGAUUGAGGAGCUCCGCUCACGUGAGGCCAAGGUCAUCGAUCUUCGACUACAACAGUUCAGGUUGUCUCGUAACAAAUUGCAAAUGGCCAUGUGGGAAGGCGUCAACCAACUAAAGUCUAACUAUCAAGUUCUGGACCGGUUCCAACGUACGAAGACUAUGAAGUCGCUCAUGCUAUGUAAGCGGCACUUCCUACAAUUGGUGCAGACGGAAGUCAACCAUCUUUUGCAACUCACAGAAUCCACAAAAGUGGACCAUCCACUUUCAGGAUUUUGCCAGACCAUAAAUGAACAAUUGCUCACGAAAAUAUGUGAAUUAGAAGAUUCUUUUGAUGCCGAAGAUGAGUUCCAGCUCACGUUAGAGCAUGCGAAGGAGGCCGAUAUGGCGCGGUUCCAGCAGAUGGAAACAUGGGAUGAGGCUACGGACGCACUGUGGUACGAGCAGCAGCUGGAGCAUCUUGCUGAAUCCAUCAAGAAUGAGAUUAUGGUUAACGCAUCGGCAAUGAUGGACAAAAUGCUCCACGACACAAAACUCCGGUCACGCUUCAGCUUCGUUACGGAAUCCCUAUUCCACCUUCUUUUCGAAGGCGGCGAAUACAAUGCCCAACCAGCGGACAGCGAGGCCGCGCUUGACAAGGUCCGUGACAGCAUUAUCGAUCUCGUGCAGAUCGACGAAGAGUUUGAGCAGUUUGCACAUCAGAUGGGCCCACUGAACGACGAUGCAAACAAGCGGAAGCAAACAUCUGAUCUGCAUCGCCAGCCCGUUAAAAUGCGCAGCCCGGGUUCCACAGCCGUCUCCGCACGCGAGCGUAUGGAGACUGUAAGCUCCCCUUCACCGGCGCAUCGCUCUGAGCGGAAGCCAGCUGUUCAUCUUCGCAAGUUGCGCCUUAUGACUGAUAACCCUGACCUCCCACUCCUCAUGCAUGGCGAUCCUCCUGUGCCUACUCCCGCUCCUGAGCUUGCCCACGUCACUGACGUCGACGAUUCCAUGUCCGUCAGCCAUGCCCGCUCGAACCUUGCCAGAGUUAACAUAAAUGAGGAGGACAUCUCGAUGGCUGAGUCCGAGGAAAUUCCCAUAAAUAGAGAUAUUAACAAGCCCAAGCUGUCAUUGACCUCAACGUCCCUUAGAACUAAGUAA